AUGUCGGACGUCCUGAAGGAUUCUACCAUUGCUGUGAAAGGAGGCAAGGACGUCCGUUCGAGAUUCUGGGCUACUCACAUGAGAGUAGCUGAAGAAAGUGAGGGAGAGUUUCUGGAACGACACAAUAGCGAUAUGGACAUCGUCUUGUUCUUUUCUGGUCUCUUUUCGGCGGUGAACACCUCGUUCAUCAUAUCAAUGGGGACAGAUCUCGUAGCCGAUCCGAGCGACACGACCAACGCCCUCUUGACCCAGCUGGUUCAGAUCGGAUUGGGCAAUCUUUCUGCACCUGGGACAACGCCAGCAGUACCGGCGUCGACUUGGUCACCAUCCUCGAUAGACAUCUGGACCCAGGCUAUUGCAUACGCGAGUCUUUCAGUGAGUCUGCUCGCCGCAUUCGGUGCUGUCAUGGGCAAGCAGUGGCUUGGCUACUACAAAGCGAGCCGUUAUGGCCAUGGCUCACCUGAAGAUCGUGGGAGACGCAGGCAGAUGAAGAUGGACGGGCUGAACGUAUGGCAUUUCGAGGCUGUAGUUCAUCUCUUUCCCGUGUUACUGCAAUUUUCACUACUGCUGUUCGGGAUUUCUAUCAGUGCCGACCUGUGGUACCAGCAGCGUUCCACUGCUUGGGUAGUUGUCGCAACGGUGGUAUUCGGGGUUCUAUUCCAUUCAUUUACUAUUCUUGCUUCGUUAAGCUCGACUGCUUGUCCGUACCAGACUCCAUCUUCCGCCGUAUUACGACUGUGCGGUGUCGAUAGUAUGUCGUCCCUUUACGCAUCAAUGGCAACCUUGUCGAGCCUGACCUUCAACAUUUAG